GUGAAGUCUUUUGUUUCCCUAUUAUUACUCUCAUCAUCAACCCAUUACUCGUAUCUUCGUGGAACGAUCUCUGAUCAUCACACUGCGACGAGUCUCGAGGGUCGAGUAAUUGAUGUCGCGUAAAUCAGCAAGGCAGAAUCAAGCAAUGGCCGAUCACGAGCAGGCCGAUGAUACGACGGCGUCCACGGCGAGCACGUCGAGCGCAACAAGCGUACCAGCUGAACCAAUGAGCACGCAAGAGAUGAUGCGAAUGAUGGCUCAAGUGUUUCGAGAGCAGAUGGUCUCCAUGGCGCAGGAGGUCGUCAAGGAUGCGAUGCGCAAGGAAACACUCCGUGCGGAAGGUACGAUGGCUGCUGCGGGCGCAUCGAGCUCGACAAGUGCCCCGGGCGAACUGGUCACCGAGCAAUCAGUCAUGCUGCUGUUUGCUCAGUUUCAAGAAGCCGUGUUCAAGAGGAUGGACGAGCAUGGCAAGCGUGGUGCGCACGAUGAAACCCCUGAGCUCGCUGAAACAAGCCAUGCGGUCUCCACUACGGCAGUGGCCACCACCAGUUCACCGGAUGUGACCAUCACAAGCACCACUCCGGCGAGCGCCGCCAUCUGCACUAAUCUGAGGAGACAUGGUAGCAAGGUGGAACGCUUCUCUGGGAGUCGUGAAGAUGCCAAGGACAUCCGACGCAAGACGAUCUCUGAUCAUAACAGGGACAGUCUUGCUUCCACUGAUUCAUCUGCAAUGCUGUCCUAUGAGAGUAUGACUGAGAAACAGCGCGAGUUGUAUGACAAAGCCAAGAAUGCGAGCGAAACGCUCCAGUAA